CUGGUUCUGAGUAAACUGAAGUUUGAAACUAGGAUUAUUCAGAAUUAAAAAGCUGCUGCACAGUCUCAGUAAUAAAAACUCUCCUGCUCCGGAUUCACACAAUAGUAAAAGUUAGUAUGAGCACAACACAGCUCUGUUUACUCUGCAGCUCUGAGUAUAACACUGCUGUGAGCACUAUAGUAAGUCCUGCAUGAGAGAAGGUUUGUGUGUUAGAGCCAGUGAGAGACAGACUGGAGAGCUGAACUACUGAACAUCACUGCAGCUUAGAAAGUAGUUUUUCUCUCACUAUAGAUGUCACAUGUCCUCUGAGGGAAAAACACACUUUACAUGACUGUGAUUGUAGCUCACAGUGUUUUUGCCAUCAGCAUUAAGGCUUGGUGUCCUGUCCUGUCCUUUGCUCAGUUUGGAAUCAGCAGGAUAAUACAGAGAAAGGAGCAUGGUGAUGACUGAAUGAAGUCACACUGUAGGUUUUCCUUCUUCUACCUGGAACUUUGAUCUCAGCUGUUUGUGACUCUUUACCUCUGUCUCCUCUCACAGGAGAAGAUGAUCUGCUGGAUCCUGCAGCUCAUCAUCCUGACCUCCUGUGUCUGUGCAGGAGCAUUUGUAGUGACAGUGACACAGAGCUCCUAUCAGGCAGAGGAGAAGCACAACGUCACACUGGAAUGGAGGUUCACACCCAAACCUGACAGCUCCUCCAACUCCCUUUAUAUCUACUGUCAACUGAUCACUGGUCACAAAGUCUCAGUCCUGUAUCGCGUACACAAGGGUGUUGAGGUCCCAGAGUCUCAGGAUGAACAGUUUUCAGGACGAGUCCAGUGCAACAAAGAUGUCCUCAGAGACGGACAAAUCAGACUCCACGUGUCCAGUCUCAGGACUGAGGACUCGGGCCUGUACCUGUGUGUUGUGAGGACAGAUUAUGGUGGGAGCAAUGACAAAUGUCAACUCACUGUCAGCGCAGCUGCUGAUCCCCCCAAACCUCACAGACCAACUGUGAGCCCACAACCAGAGAGUCGGGGAAGGAUUGCUCUCUAUGCUGGACUGGGACUGGGACUGGUACUGGGACUGGCAGCAGCUCUACUGGUCAAAUUCUGCUUUGCCUCAAGAGCAGAGAGAGACAGAGAGAGACAGAGAGACAGAGCCUGUUGGUCCAUGAGGCUGCUUUUCCCUGCAGACCCAGUCAGACCUUUGACCUUUCAACUCUCUCACUGUCUUCAUGCACUGAGACAAACAGAGAGACAGACAGAGGGGGUGGGGUCACCUGAUUAGGGGAACUUUACCUGACUGAGG